UCUCUAUGGGCGUCUGUCUCCAUGGUAAAUAAACAUGGCGGUGUCUGGUGAGUGGGAAAUAGUUUUCAUAAAUGUGCAGACAACUAGUGAACGAUAAAUGUCUCUGGUUAUUAAUCGCUUAAUCAUAACGUGGACAUGAGUUGCGCUAUCAGUUUCAAGAUAAUUUACUUUUUAGUAGGCUUUAGCAUGGGAGAAGUAACGUUAUCUACUAACUGGCGAGCCACUUAGCUAGCUAGACAAUGUUAGCUACCUAGCAUUCAAUCACGAACAGCGACAACAUGUUAAAUGUUUAAGCAAGCGUGCCACAUUUUGGAAAAACAUCACUGUAAGCAUGUACAUAAUUGAUAUGAAAUGGGAGGAUUUAGAAGAAGACUUGUUUAACUGCUCAUUUGUCUCAUUCUUGCAGGAAAACAUCCAAUUGUAUCCUUUGUUUUUGUUGUUGUAAUGUAGAAGCUGCAUUUAAUAGCUAGUUAACGUCAGCUAUUUCAUUAGCUACUGUGACAACUAACGUUAGUCUGCAUCUUUAUUCGUUAUAUAUAGUGCAUUACUGCUGACCAGAGCCCUAUGGGUACCGAUUUGGGACAUACGGUUAGGGACGUCAAAGCUUCGGUUCAGGCUGCUUCACACUCACUAUGGAAGCUCUAGUCUAGGAGUCGGGUUUCUCAUAACCCAAGUGACAUCAAAAUAAAUAAAAUAAAUAGCAUUCAAUGAGUUUUACAAUGACGUCGGCAGUGCAUGGCUGGCUGAACCAAGUCUCAGGCUCUGGGAAGGAACAUUUUUAAAGCCCACCAUUUUGGUAUUGAGAGAUAAUUUCGCCGUUUAAGCUAAUAUCCUGAAAUUAUACACAAUAUGCCACGUGGCAGCGAGAAAACGUUGCGGUUUUAAAGCUGGAGUCUUUAAUUGAAACAAUAAUAAAGCACUGUUUUGGUAGAAAGCUGAGGGAUUGGCCUGGAGAAAUGUAAUCAAUGUUUUGAGGCUAUACAGUGUUUGUUUACAUUUAUACUGUUACGAACAGAGAUUUAAAAAAAUAAAGCAAUUUUAGGUUCUGAUGGGGUAAAACAGUUGAACUAACCUCAUGAGGCCUUUAUAAGUUUUAUUCUUCAAGAAUUUAUUAGUAUAUCAUGGUAUUCCAUACCAAAAAUGCAUUUAGUAACUAAGGAUUACAUUUUUUAAAUUAAAGUGCAUUUAUUCUCAACUAGUUUAAAGAAGGCUCGUUUUAAUUGCUUCAAUCAGUUUAGGAUCACUUAGAAAUGUCAUUGUUUUUGAAAGAAAAGCACAAAAAGCACGCUCCAGAUACUCAACUAGUCUAAAGAAGGCCAGUUUUAUUGCUUAUUUAAUCAGAGCUACAGUUUUCAGCUGUGCUAACAUAAUUGCAAAAGGGUUUUCUAAUUAUAAAUUUGCCUUUUAAAAUUAUAAACUUGGAUUAGCUGACACAACGUGCCAUUGGAACACAGGAGUGAUGGUUGCUGAUAAUGGGCCUCUGUACACCUAUGUAGAUACUCCAUUUUAAAAAAUCAGCCGUUUCCAGCUACAAUAGUAAUUUACAAAGAUUAACAAUGUCUACACUGUAUUUCUGAUCAAUUUGUUAUUUUAAUGUACAAAAAUGUGAUUUUCUUUAAUAAAAAAACAAGGGCAUUUCUAAGUGACCCCAAACUUUUGAACAGUAGUGUAUACCUUUUUAUUUUGUUAUCAUGCUCUUGCAGUACCUCCGCAUACCCCACUUGGAGAACUACUAGUCUAGAGAGCACAGUAAAAGAUGGCUUAGGUGUAUUUUUAAACUCUCCAUCGUUAAGUAGGAAGACACAGAUGUCAUUGUUGUAAAAAAAAAAAAAAAACUGCAUGUGCUUGGUUUACCAUCAUCCUAAAUUUAAGUAUUGAAUUAUUUUGUUGUUUUUGAUUAUUUUUACUUUAUGCCAAUUUCCCCAAGGUUUAUGUUACUACAUUACACAAGCUCACAUUUUCAACACGUACAUUUUUUUGUUGUUGAGAUACAAGGUCCUUUUUUCUUCAGAUCGGUGAUGCUAAUAUAAAAGUUCACUGUCAUCACGAAUAGAUUUAAAUCGAUUGCUUUAAACAGGUUAAUAUAUGUGGGUUGGUACCGUUCAUCUUGUUAUAUGCGCCUGUCUGUUGCAGGACUUUAUAACACUUAUCAUUUUUAAAGGUUCAAUGCAGCCCUUUUGAUGUCAAUAUCAAAUCAUAAGUACCUUACUGUGAUUGGUUUAAAUUAAAAUGGUCAUCUCCUUCCGACAUUCUAGAAUUUUGACGACUGUCUUCAACAAAUUCUCUUCUUUACAAGUGAUGUGAAUAUUUUUUUCUCAGAUUCCGUGUGGCCUUUGAAAAGUGUUUGUUUAAACAGUGCAUACACAGCAAACAUUUGCUCCUUAUUCAAUUCAUUUCAAUGUGAUAUCGAUGGAAGUGCUAAAAAAAAAUAAACGAUUGCAUUACGCUUACCGCGUUGUCGACCCACUUGAAUCAAAAUGCAACACUUAGGAAAUUAUCUAGGUGUCUCCUAACAAAUUGUCCUGUAACCAGUGAUGUACACAUUCGUCCCAGAUUCCAUGUGGUUUUAGAGCUGUGUUAGUUUUAACAGGACGUGCAACCUCAUCUCCCCCCUCUCAAACUAUUGAUUUCGACGUGGUAAUCGAUUGGAGGGUCCGACAAGUGUUGCGUCUCUCUUUCUGUUAGUGUCCCACAUAUCAAAAUGUAGCUGACUGUCUUCUGCAGGUUGUUGUCUAACCAGUGAGUAAAAUAAUGUGGUUUUUAACUGAUUUUACCCCCCCCCCCUAAUCGAUGUGAGUGAUUUAUUCUUAAAACAACAGGGUUUUUGGUGCGUGUGCAGUUUCUACGGUGCCUAAUUUAAAAAUACAAGUAAUAUGAUUAGUAUUGUUUCACAUUAGUAUUGUUUUAUGUGUAGACAGUACAUUUUAUGUUUAGGUUUUCAAUAUAUUACAAACUGUUUCUGCGUGUUGGUUAUUGAUUUGGACACUGUGUUUUUACAUUGAGCUAUUUGAUCUAAAUGUUUUGUCAACAGGAAGCAGCAACAGCAUCAUUUUCAACUUAAGUUUUAGGAAUAUAAAUCGAACUUUCAACAUUAAUUUCCAAUGGUUAUUGGACUUACUCACGGGGAAACUGCCGAGUGAGUCCAAGAAUGUGCUGUGAUUUAUUUUGAUGAUAAAGGCUACCAGAAAUCACCAAAAAUGGGUUUGCCCUGCCUACUCAUAUCAUAGACCCUUGGUUAUAUCAUCUGCCAGCGGGCUACCAUUUGAAUGUCUUCGGUAUGACCUUAACGACACAUCUCAGUUGUCUUCCACACCACUGCAGGUCCUGUUCUACCUCAACAGCUGGUAUUUUGCUGCCUACUUCCUCGCUGAGGGUCUGAUGUUUGUUUACAAAGGAUUGUUGUUACCAUACCCACCAGCAAGUCUCACGUUGGAUGCUGGGCUACUACUUGUUUUCCUGGGCCUUGAGUCCCUCCGAAUAUUUUACGGUUGGAAGGGGAACUUAACAGAGCGUUCUCUGGCCAUGUCAGUGAGUGUGCUGGUCCUGGUGCCGUGCACAGUGCUGUCUGUGUACUACCUGAUGCUGCAGACCUUCGUCCUGCGCCUGGAGUUCAUCCUUAAUGCUGUGUUACUCUGCUUCUACAGUCUGGAGAUGCUGCUAGGAAUCAUGUCCAUAUCUGCUUUCUCCAGGUCAAAGGUGUACUGAGGAAGAGGAAUGCUGCAAUGUUCCACAUCGUUUCAAGAGGAAUGCUGCAAUGUUCCACAUCGUUUCAAGAGGAAUGCUGCAAUGUUCCACAUCGUUUCAAGAGGAAAGAAGAAAGGGUUUUCAACAGGAUUGUUAUGUGAACAUGUUUAAAUCCCACAUGUUGUAGUUUUUAUAUUGUCUGUUAAUAGCCGAAAUAUUUAUAUUUUUGUAAUGAUGAAAUGUCAUCUUUUUUUUUUGUACCUGUUUUUGUAUCAACUGUCAAUCUUGUAUGGUACUAGCAGCACCAAUGGGAUUGUCUUAUGAGGUUAUUCCAUCUGCUGUGCCUGAUAAUGGAAUGUAUUUGUACAAUCUUUGUUGUUGUUGAUUCAGAGCACUAUAUUUCAUUAUUUACUGUAAUAAAUACAAUUCUUCAUUCA